UCUGAGCUCGCCAAUCAUUCUAGCGAGUUUCCCCACUCUUUUUUUUCCUCUCCCUCUCUCUUCGCGUCGUUCCAUGUGCACCGAGCGCACGGCUCUCCUGAGCGGACACUGCAGGGGGAAGAAACGAACGAUCUCAUCAUGGAAUAGGAAUACUGCUGGACAAAACUGGGGAAAAACCUCAUAUCUUUCUUCUUUCCCCCCUUUCUGGCGCCUUUCCCCCCUCUUUCUCUGUCUCUCUUGCAUCUCCCCACUUUCUCUCUUUCCCGAUGUCUCUCAACAGUUUCUGAAAGGAUUAAAGCAAAGAAAAAUGAGGAUUAUUAUUUUUUCCUGGCACUUUCUCGGGCUGUAUUCCGCCCUGUGGGGACUGGCGACAGGGGCUUUCCCCAGCUCGGUGCAGAUAGGUGGGUUGUUCAUUAGGAAUACUGAUCAGGAGUAUACAGCGUUUCGGCUAGCUAUCUUCCUUCACAACACCAGCCCAAACGCUACGGAAGCGCCCUUUAACCUGGUCCCGCACGUCGACAAUAUAGAAACGGCCAACAGCUUCGCUGUCACCAAUGCAUUCUGUUCCCAGUAUUCCAGGGGGGUCUUUGCCAUCUUCGGCCUUUACGACAAGCGCUCGGUGAACACGCUGACGUCGUUCUGUGGGGCCCUGCACAUCAGCCUGGUGACGCCCAGUUUCCCCACAGAAGGAGAGGGCCAGUUCACCCUGCAGCUGCGGCCGUCCAUCAGAGGGGCUCUACUUUCGCUGCUGGACCACUACGAUUGGAGCCGAUUUGUCUUCCUCUACGACACAGACAGAGGUUAUGCAAUACUGCAGGCAAUUAUGGAGAGAGCAGGGCAGAACGGAUGGCAGGUGAGCGCUAUCUGUGUCGAGAGUUUCAAUGAGGCAGCGUACCGACGACUUUUAGAAGACCUGGACAGACGCCAGGAGAGGAAAUAUGUCAUUGACCUUGAGCCUGAGAGACUACAAAACAUCCUCGAACAGGCUGUCAGCGUGGGAAAACAUGUAAAAGGUUACCAUUACAUCAUAGCAAACCUGGGUUUUAAGGACAUAUCUCUGGAGAGGUUCAUGCACGGCGGAGCCAAUGUGACUGGUUUCCAGCUGGUGGACUUCAGCAGAGCUAUCGUUAUUAAAUUGAUGCAACGCUGGAACAAACUGGAUCAGAGAGAGUACCCCGGAUCUGAAAGCCCACCUAAGUAUACCUCGUCUCUAACAUAUGAUGGCGUCCUUGUAAUGGCCGAGGCCUUCCGCACCCUUCGGCGCCAGAAAAUUGAUAUUAGUCGUCGUGGUAACGCUGGGGACUGCCUUGCCAAUCCAGCUGCUCCCUGGAACCAAGGAAUAGAUAUGGAGCGUGCUCUCAAACAGGUGCGCAUUCAAGGCCUGACGGGGAAUAUUCAGUUUGAUCACUAUGGUCGGAGGGUCAACUACACUAUGGACGUGUUUGAACUGAAGAGCAACGGACCACGCAAGAUUGGCUACUGGAACGACAUAGACAAACUUGUGUUGGUCCAGACUGAAAGUACUCUAUCCAAUGACAGCACAGCUAUGGAGAACCGGACGGUAGUCGUGACGACCAUCAUGGAGGGUCCCUAUGUGAUGCUGAAGAAAAACUGGGAACUUUAUGAGGGAAAUGACCAGUUCGAGGGAUACUGUGUGGACUUGGCCUCUGAGAUCGCCAAACACAUCGGAAUCAAAUACAAGAUAUCCAUCGUACCGGACGGGAAAUACGGAGCCAGAGAUCCAGACACGAAGAUAUGGAAUGGCAUGGUGGGAGAACUUGUGUAUGGGAAGGCAGAAAUUGCAGUGGCCCCACUGACCAUCACUCUGGUGAGAGAAGAGGUGAUCGACUUCUCGAAGCCCUUCAUGUCUCUGGGAAUCUCCAUCAUGAUCAAAAAGCCGCAGAAAUCCAAACCAGGAGUUUUCUCCUUCCUGGACCCACUGGCCUACGAGAUCUGGAUGUGCAUAGUGUUCGCUUACAUCGGAGUCAGUGUUGUGCUCUUUUUGGUGAGUCGCUUCAGCCCGUAUGAGUGGCAUGCCGAAGAGCCAGAGGAGGGUACAACCGAGCAGGGCCCCACUGACCAACCUCCCAACGAGUUUGGCAUCUUCAACUCCCUCUGGUUCUCCCUGGGAGCCUUCAUGCAACAGGGCUGCGACAUCUCGCCAAGGUAA